AUGUAAGGACACGAAGAUAUUACAAAAGUUUAUACAUUUGAAAAGACUUUAGGAGAGUAAAACACUAUAUUUAAUUAAUUAGAGGUGCCUUUGGAGUUGUAAAGAGAGCAAAAAAGAAAUCAAAUGGAGAUAUGUAUGCUGUUAAAAUCAUCAAUAAGUAAUUGUUGAUGUGAUUAACAAUUAGAGACAAUUUAUCAAAUGAAGAUUUGUAAGCUUUAUAGACUGAAGUUGAAAUUCUAACUUAAGUAUAAUAUUAUACUUAUUUUUCUAGAUUGAUCAUCCAAAUGUAGUGAAACUUUAUGAAAUUUAUGAGGAUGAUACUAAUUUUUAUAUGGUUAUGGAAUUGAUGACUGGAGGUGAAGUAAUAAAUUUAUGCUUAAAUUUUCAGCUUUUUGAAAGAAUAGUUGAAAAAGAUCAUUUUAGUGAAAAAGAGGCUGCUGCUACAUUAAGACCAAUUAUUGAUGCAUUAUCUUAUUGUCAUAAAAUGGGAAUUGCUCAUAGAGAUCUCAAACCUGAAAAUCUUCUAUUUUCAAGUAGAGAACCUGGAGCUUUAUUAAAAGUAAGUGAUUUUGGAUUGGCUCGAUUUGUUACUAAUGAUGAAGUUAUGAUGACUUAAUGUGGUACUCCUGGAUAUGUGGCACCUGAAAUCCUUUCUGGACAUGGAUAUUCAGAAGCAAUUGAUUUUUGGUCAGUUGGUGUUAUUCUCUAUAUCAUGUAUAUAUUUAAUAAUUAAAUUGAAUAGGUUAUGUGGAUUUCCACCAUUUUAUGAUGAGGAUAAUGAUAAACUAUUUAAAAUCAUAAAAACUGGAUAGUUCUCCUUCCCAUCUCCAUAUUGGGAUAGUAUUAGCAAUGAAGGUAAGAAUGAUUAAGACAUAUUCUUAAAGCUAAAGAUCUUAUUAAAGGUCUAUUAACAGUUGAUCCAUCUAAGAGAUUUGGAACUGAAAAAAUUAUGAAACAUCCUUGGUUAGUAAACAAUACAGCAAAAUCAAUUCCAAAUAUUUAAAAUAAGAUGAAGGAAUUUUAUGGAAGCGCCACCAUGAAAGUAUAAUUAAAUCUUAUUAUUUUAAUUAGAAAAUGGGUAACUUUGUUAAGCUAGCAUAGAGAUGGGGUAAAUUAUCAUAGAUAAAAAAGAAAUGA